AUGAUAUAUCACUGGGAGUGGUCCUGCGGAUCAGGACGGCAAGAUGCCCGAUAUGCCAGCUUGACAUCGUACAACUUGACAUCGUACAAGGCUGCCGACAAUCUAUACUUUCCUACUCGAGACAUCAACGACCUGAUCGAAAUGUCGUGGAAGGGCGUUUAUAUUUCACUGCUAUUAUACGCUGGUGUAGCUGUCGCUGCUUCUCGGCAAGACGGUCAAGCCAUCUGCGACUUCUAUGCCGAAAAGUACUAUGGGGAGAGUAAUGUCACAACGCAGCAUCUUCUGAUGCAGGGCAUUGUUGCUUACGCUUACGCCGGGGGAGAUACCCUCCCGGACCCGAAGCCUAACAGCACUGGGAUUUUCAAUGAGGGGAAUUUCAACGGUGACAAUGUCUUUCUCCGUCCCUUUUUCGACGGGUCAAUGGCAACUACCAAUUUCAACAGUCGACCAACACGGAUUGACUGGCUAGAUGGAGGCGGUCUCGAUCCCCUUCUUGCCUUCCUAAACGGCUCUACUAAAACUGCAUUAAUUAAGCCGAAAUCAAACCAGGAAAUAUUGUUCGACCAUUGGUAUGUUUCCUUCGGAAAGAUUUACCAGUGCAGUCUGGCAAGCCGAUUCGUAAAGGAGUACGCUCCAUUUACGCCAGCUUAUGUCCACCAAUUCAUGAAUUUGACUCAGACAGAAGUGGCCUAUUUCAUCGACCAGCUCAUGAUAGCCAGUACAUACUACAACUUCUCGGAUGCCGAUGUCAAGCAACUUUCUGCGGCGAUGAAUGCGAAAUACAACAACCGGUGCUCGGCGCCAGACGCAAAUGGGCAACUGAACUCGGUGUGCUUUGAAAAGUCCUGCCCACAAGCUGCAGAUAAGAGAGAUUGCGAGGCGUACAAGAAUAUAGGACCGUACGGCUUCAAGGCUACCUCUCCAACGGGCACUGCGACGGGAGUGAUACCGACAAUGUCUUCAACCUCGAACCCCGCCGCCUCCUCGUCCGCAGUAGCUGCGAGGGGAGGUUCCUCCAGCCUGGCUCCGGGAGCUAUCGCGGGAAUCGCGAUCGGCGGCGCUGUUGUAAUUCUGAUGGCAGUGGGCAUGUGGCUGUACUUCCGGCGUCAACAACAACAAAAUAAGCCUGCGGAGUCGCCGGCGGCCGCCCAGAACCAGAUGAGUCAAGCAGGCGCUGUUCCCUUCUCUCCCCAGUCGACAUACAGCCAGCUACACGACAGCUACUACAGUCGGGGCGGCGGGCACGACUCGUACGCCGUAUCAACACUUGGAAGCCCUGCCAGCCCACCCCCGACAUGGGAACAGUCUAAACUGGCUCAACUUCAGGAAAUGGCGGCCGAGGGUACUUCACCAACUCCUGCAACGGUGCCGUCUAACGACCAACAGGGACAGACGCAUCAGAUUGCGGAAAUGGAAAGCCCGGAUCCUCCCCCAGGAUGGAGCAAGGAAGCAAAACAAUAA